CUCAAACUCUAGUAUAUAUAUUAUGUAUGCGUGCAUGUAGCUUGUUGAAUAUUGAUCAUGGCAGGGCUUCUUCUCAUUCUCCUCUCCCUCUCCACCACAGUCCUAUCACUCGCAGAAAAUAUAAAAAUUGACUGUGGAGCGUCGGAAUCAGACUUGAGGUCCAACAAGAUAACAUCAUGGGUCGGAGACGAAGGCUUCGUUACCACCGGUAAGUCAUUCACGAUUCAUGGAGAGAAGAAGCCGUAUAAAAGCCUCCGGAGCUUCCCUUCAGGUAAAUCAAAUUGCUACAGCAACAUUCCGGCGACAAGACGCCGUAAAACACUAGUGAGAACAGUUUUUUACUACGGGAACUACGACGGAAAGUCCUCCCCGCCGUCUUUCUCUGUUAUUUACGACAUGAAAUACAUUGACAAUGUUACGUUUACUGUUUCGUCGCCCGGUGACGAGAAUCCGCCAGCGUUUAUAUCGGAGGUGAUAUUUUCUCCGACGCGUAAGAGUAUCAGCGUUUGCCUAUUCCGUUCGUCUCGUCAAGAUGUUCCUUUUAUAUCUUCCAUAGAAGUUUAUGGUAUGGAUGUUGGGAUGUACGACGAUAUUGAACCUUACGAAGGUCUCCUUCUCGGAAAAAGAUUUGCGUUUGGUGCCAAAGAGACUAUAAGCGACCCGUACGGUAGGUAUUGGUCCCCAAUAGGACCAAACAACCCAGGAUCCAGCGAGCCAACCACAUCACCCUCAUCGAUUGACACCACAGGCGUGCCCAAUAAACCUCCCGCGAUUGUUAUGUCAAAGGCUUUGUUGAUAAAGGGCACAGGCACAGCCUUACCCUUAUCUAGCAGUCCGCUUUACUUGGCUCUAUACUUCUCAGAGCCCCAAAAUCUAGAUCAGACCAAGAAACGGUCCUUCAACGUUUUCUUGGACACCAAGCAACAAAGUUCAAAUCCCAUUGUACCGGUUUUUCGGAAAGCUACUCAGUUCGUCAUAAGAGACAUUGUAGCCACUUCGAUAACCCAGCUGAACUUUGAAUCUACCAGUGACUCGGAUUUGCCUCCAAUCGUUAAUGCUAUGGAGAUAUAUUCAAUUCUUAACGCACACGGAGGUGGUGAUAGAAGAGGAGGACAAAUCGGUGGUGGUAACGGAGGAGAAGAACAAAGCGGCGGUGAUGAUGAUCGGGAAGGUCGCCGGCAAAAAAAAGCACAAGCAGACAAAGCAGCGGGAGCUUUGGCAAAAAUACCUGCCGGGGGGCCGAGGAAACCCAAAUUACCACUCAUUCUUGGCGUUACGUUGGGCUCUGCGUUUGCAGCUCUCUCAUCAGUGUGUGCGGCUAUUUCUUUUAAAAGAGGUCAAAAUGCUAAGCCAGAGUCCAACACGGAACCAGCCAUGUCGACAGUGUCUAGAGAAGAGGCAGGAGUAGCACCACUGGUCGGACAGCAAUUGGCGAGCGAUGUAAGCCACCCAGGGAAGGAUGAUCACCAUCAACAUGGAGCCGCCUAGACACCAUUUUACCUGUAAUUGAAGAUGCUCAAAAUAUCAAUUUAUGUGUUAGUGCAAAAAGGGCAUCGUGAAUAUUCUUACGUCAAAAAAUCUUCAUAGUCAAAUAAAUGUAACUAUAUAUUGUUGUUGUCAAAGUUUUGUGUGGGAGUUAAAAUGUUGUUGUCAAUUUAAAUGAUAAAAAAAAAAAAUCAACCAUCAAAUAACGAAUAUGAACUAUGAUAACUGUAAUUGAUUGCUGCUAUUUUAAUUAAAUGAAUCAAUCUUUAAUAAAAAC